UCUUUCUAUCUGUUCCUCCUGCUGGGAGUCAGUCCGGCUUGACUAGCAGUCACUACGCGCUGAUGUGGCGCGGAUGAGGGUCGGGGUGCGCUGCGUGAAGACAGUCGGGGGGUGGGGGUUCCCCCUGCUCUGGGCUCGGUGACUUGGAGGAGAUUGCGGGAAGGCGCCCAUGAGGAGGGAAUUCUCGGAGCAUUUCAGCCGGCGUCUGGGCGCGCGUACACACCCCCGGGGCGGUUCCCUGCCUUCUCAAGUUCGUGAUCUGAUUCUUUUGGGGGAACAAACAAACAAACAAACAGACCUUGGCACUUUCCAUCCUCUUACACUUGGGUUAGAAAUAGCGUUUCAGAGAAACUAGUUUUCUUGGUAGAGUUCACCUGGGCUGGAGAGAAUGACAGCUUGCAAAACUCUUCGGUCUAUGAAUAAAUCAUGUACACAGUUUUCUUCCUCCAGGAAGAAUGUCACAGAAUUGAAGAUUCAGGAAGCCGACGCAGGUCAUUUAGUCAAACGCACACACCCAACUCCCGACGGCCCUCUAAAAGGGGAAACAGAUGGGAAGGGUUUAUAUGAGAAGUUCCCCAGCCAGGCAGUGGCAGGACUGGGACCUUAAUCUGCCCCUAAACUCUUUGGUUUAUAAAUGAGGGCGCUUUUCUGGAAGUGUUUGAUGUCGCUGUUCAGUUGCUAUAUAGUGAGUGUCGGACUCUUUUGCGAGGCAAUGGACGGUGGUUUUCCAGGCUCCUCUCCCCUUGGGAUCUCAAAGCAUGCAUUUCAUCUUCUCAGAUGAGGUAGUGCUUCUCUUUGAUUUCUGGAGCGUCCACAGUCCUACAGGCAUGGCCCUUUCUGUGUUGGUCAUCUUGCUUCUGGCGGUGUUGUAUGAAAGCAUCAAGGUUGGCAAAGCCAGGCUGCUCCACCAGGCCCUGAUGAACCUGUCCAUCCCCACCAGCCAGCAGCUUAUCGAAGAGGCAGACCAGGAUUCUUCAAGCUCAGACUCCCUGCCUGUCAGCAGAAGCCCUCUCAGGUGGUUUUUGUGUCACUUCGGCCAGUCUCUGCUCCAUGUCGCUCAGGUGGUUGUUGGCUACUUCAUGAUGCUGGCAGUUAUGUCCUACAACACCUGGAUUUUCUUCGGCGUGGUCCUGGGCUCAGGUGUGGGCUACUACCUAGCCUACCCACUUCUCAGCAUGCCUUAGCUGGUUGAGGGUGAGGGCUCUGGGGGCUGGAAAGACCUGGGGCCUCGUUCCAGACCUUGAACUGCCCGGCCCAUGUCUCCUGUUUCUUCUUCUGGCUGUUCUCAAGGCAUUGCCAGCUCCUGGAAACUUUCAGCUGAAGCCAGCACUUGCUCCCUGGAGUUCUGAGGCCAUUGCCGCUCCUCAGCCAGGCUGCAGAGGGCCCUGGCGAAGUCUUUCUGUGCCUUUAAGAAGGCUGCUGUGACAGGAGGGAGGGUGGAGACCAGAACCUGGCGGCAGAUUUCAUAACCAUGGCAGCAUCUGCUGGGACCCCUUUCCCUCUCUUGGGGGAAGAGUAAGUGACAGCUGACUAAAGGCCAAGAAGCAGGAUUGUUACCAGGGCUGUGACCUACCCUCCGAAUACAGUGAGCUCCUCCCACGGGAUGGCACUGCCUACCGGAAGGUGAUAGUUACGUGGCUUCAGGUGUCGGGGAGCUCUUCGUGGCCUUAAUCUUAUCCUGAUCCUCCUCCUAAUGCAAAACCAAGAAUUCACUGAGUAAUAUUCAAUACUAAUGUUUUCUAUUUAUUACUUACUGCUCACCCAUAGUGAUCUGGUGGGGAUACAUGCUUCGUUCAAAUACUGAGUAUGCCAUACGGCGUAUCGACUGAAGAUGUAAUCAGCCAUCAAGCCAAAGCCUUACAUGAGUAGAGUUAGGUGGGGGGCUCUUCAGAUACUGAACCUUUUCGCUUUAAAGAAAAAGAAAGAAUAGACCCAGGGAGAGAAAAGCACUGCUGUCUACUGUAAUGUCUACACUCAAGUACCUCAUGGGCUAGAGGAAAGAUGGUCUGAAGCUUUGAGAAUAAAAAAGAAAUUAUUUUAAUAAAUAUAUAUUUUUAAA